CCGAGCCGCAACACGCCACGCCAGCCCGGGGCGAGGGCUGUGGCCGCCGGGCUGAAUAAUGUUUACACCAUGUCUGUGCAAUCACUGCUUUGUGAAAGAAUUGCUAUUGCCAAAGACUUGAUUAAGAGAGCGGAAGCCCUUUCCAAGUCCCAGAAGAGGAGAAUAGAAGGUGGGGCAAAGCUAUGUGGCAAGCUGAAGGCUGAGCUAAAUUUCUUACACAAGGUAGAAGCAGGGAAAGUGGCCAUUAAAGAAUCCCAUCUGCAGAGUACAAACCUUACCCACCUCCAAGCCAUUAUUCAGUCAGCAGAGAACCUGGAGGAUGUUGUCAGUGUCCUCCAUGUCUUUGCUUAUGAGGAUAGGUUUGGAGACAAACAGACGCUGGUUGUAGAUGUUGUUGCAAACGGAGGUCACACGUGGGUGAAGGCUAUCGGUCGUAAAGCUGAGGCCCUGCAUAACAUCUGGCUGGGAAGAGGCCAGUAUGGUGAUAAAAGUGUCAUUGAGCAGGCAGAGGACUUCCUGCAAGCAAGCCGUCAGCAGCCAGUGGAGUACAGCAAUCCCCACAUCAUCUUUGCGUUCUACAACAGCGUGUCCAGUCCUAUGGCAGAGAGGCUCAAGGAGAUGGGAAUAUCUGUUAGAGGAGACGUUGUUGCUGUGAACUCACUGGCAGAGCCAUCUGCAGAAAACGAGCAUCUUAACUCCAGUGAAUCAGAUGAAGAAGGCCCUGAACUCCUGCAGGUGACGAGAGUAGACCGGGAGAAUUUAGUGGCCAGCAUUGCUUUCCCUACCCAGAUCAAAGUAAACGUCUGCAAUAGAGUUAAUUUGGACAUCACUACCUUAAUAACCUACGUCUCUGCGCUGAGCUAUGGUGGCUGCUACUUUGUCUUCAAAGAAAAAGUGCUGACAGAACAAGCAGCACAAGAAAGAAGGGAGAGAGUCCUUCCUCAGCUGAAGGAGUUCAUGGAGGGAAAAGAGCUCUUUGCCUGUGAAUCUGCUGUCAGAGAUUUUCAGUCCAUCUUGGAGACGCUGGGAGGACCUGGGGAGAAAGAGCGAGCUACAUUGCUUGUUAAAAGAAUUAACGUGGUGCCAGAUCAGCCCUCUGACCGUGCCUUAGGAUUAGUGGCUAGUUCAAAAAUCAACAGCCGCUCUCUAGCCAUUUUUGGGACAGGAGACACUUUAAAAGCCAUCACCAUGACUGCAAAUAGUGGGUUUGUGAGGGCAGCAGCAAACCAAGGUGUCAGGUUCAGUGUUUUUGUCCAUCAGCCACGAGCAUUGACAGAAAGCAAAGAAUCUUCUGCCACACCUCUACCAAAGUGCUGCCCAUCUGAUAAUGGAGUAUAAGUCAUUAAAUGAGUUAGUAAUGGAAAUACUGCAGGUACUGCAUUGGAGGCAUUUGGAGAAACAGAAGAAUCAUAGCAAUGCAGUUUUGGGUGUGUAUCAAUGAUGACAGCAACUAGCAGUGGAAGAGCUCCUCAAGGGAUUUGUAAUAUCUUUACUCCUUCAUUGAGGUUAUUUUCUGUCCAACUGACCAUUAAUUUAUUCACCAAAGUAAUAAGAAUUCAAUGAAAAUUGUGAACUGGCUUACAAUGUAUUGAUUAUAUCCACCUCCAUUAAAAAGUUCAGUUAAAGCA